UUUACCUGACGCUCCUCUGAGAAGUGAGGGGGGAACGCUCCUCUCUCUCUCUCUCUCUCGUUCUCUCCUUCCCCUCCUCUGCUUCUUCCCGUCAGAAAUGGCGUCUCUCACUUCUCCGUACAGCCUAGGAUUUCCUUCUCUUGCUUCCUGCAGGCCUCGCGCCACCCUUUCCUCUCUAUCCCAACCUAAAUCACUCAAUGCGGCUUGCGGGUCGCAUCUCCAUCGGAAUUCCUUCACUAGGAGCUUCCGGAUCCCGUCUGCCCCUGAUUUGAGGAGGCUUCUGCGGCCAUCUCCGUCUCCCCGAACAGCGAGGACCCCCUCUUUGGUUCCACGAUUAGCCGCGUCGUCUCCGGCGAUCGUCUCUUCCCCUCCGCCGGAACCCUGGCGUGGUGCCGCACUCAAGCCCCUAGCGGCAUCGAUCGCCGCGGGAGUUAUCCUCUGGUUCGUCCCUCCGCCGGCCGGAGUAGCCCGGAACGCCUGGCAGUUGCUCGCUAUAUUUAUCGCUACCAUCGUCGGCAUUAUCACGCAACCGCUCCCGCUCGGCGCCGUCGCCCUUAUGGGUCUGGGCGCAUGUGUGCUCACCAAGACCCUAACCUUCGCCGCGGCUUUCUCGGCUUUCGGCGAUCCGAUCCCUUGGCUGAUCGCGCUUGCGUUCUUCUUCGCCCGAGGGUUCAUCAAGACCGGGCUUGGUAACCGUAUAGCUUAUCAGUUUGUUUCCGUCUUUGGAAGUUCAUCUCUUGGGUUAGGCUACAGUCUUGUCUUCAGCGAGGCGUUGCUUGCGCCCGCGAUCCCGUCCGUCUCUGCCCGAGCUGGUGGAAUCUUCCUUCCGCUGGUUAAGGCUUUGUGCGCGGCGUGCGGUAGCAAUAUAGGUGAUGGAACGGAGAGGCGUCUCGGUUCCUGGUUGAUGCUCACUUGCUUCCAGACGUCAGUGAUCUCUUCGGCGAUGUUUUUGACGGGGAUGGCGGCGAAUCCUUUGAGCGUGAAUCUCGUAGCUGGGGCAACUGGACACACGAUUGGUUGGACGCAGUGGGCGGUGGCUGCAAUCGUGCCUGGGUUGACUUCGCUGAUUGUGGUGCCAUUGCUACUCUAUCUAAUCUACCCGCCGACCGUGAAGAGUAGCCCGGAUGCCCCGAAACUUGCAAGAGAAAAGCUGGAGAAGAUGGGGCCGAUGACAAAGAAUGAGAUCAUCAUGAGCCUUACUCUACUGAUCACGGUGGGUCUAUGGGUGUUUGGAGGAAUCUUGAAUAUGGAUGCUGUUACAGCUGCCAUUCUCGGACUCUCUGUCCUUCUCACAACUGGAAUAGUGACGUGGAAGGAAUGCUUGGGUGAGGCUAUAGCCUGGGACACACUAACAUGGUUUGCUGCACUUAUCGCUAUGGCAGGAUAUCUUAAUAAAUAUGGACUCAUAUCAUGGUUCAGCCAAACAGUUGUUAAGUUUGUUGGUGGACUUGGUUUAUCAUGGCAGCUGUCGUUUGGGAUCUUGGUUCUCCUCUACUUCUAUUCACAUUAUUUAUUUGCCAGUGGUGCUGCUCAUAUAGGAGCCAUGCUGACUGCGUUCCUGUCUGUGUCGACUGCACUUGGGACCCCACCACUUUUGAGUGCACUUGUGCUCUCAUUCCUUUCCAACAUCAUGGGAGGUCUCACACACUAUGGCAUCGGCUCUGCCCCAGUUUUCUAUGGUGCAGGCUACGUGCCAUUGGCAACAUGGUGGGGAUACGGCUUCAUCAUCUCAGUUGUCAAUAUAAUCAUAUGGCUUGGUGUUGGUGGGUUUUGGUGGAAAACAAUUGGAUUGUGGUAGGUAGCAGCUACUCGAGCCCAAUUUUAGGUUAUUGGUUUUGAGUUAUUGGAAGAAUAAUAUGCUGAUUAUUUCGCCUCAAUCCGCCUCAAUCCUAUCAUGACCAUGAGGCAGGCAUUCAUUCCCCUAAUGCUAUAAUUUCUUUGCAUGGAGGAAGAAGGGUACGAGGUCUUUUUUUGUAGUGGGUGCCUCAAAUUUUGAAGCAGUUAGUAUACCCAUUUUGUGUAAUGUAGGAACAAUUCUUGGAAGUUUAUAUUUUUCUCAACCCUUGAUAAUUCUGGUGGAUAUGAAAUGCAUUAGCAUUUUAGUCA